GGUUUCACGUCCAUGAUGGUCUCACUUGACGCCAGACAUCAACAACAGCAACACAGAUGUGGCUCCUGGGGCAGUUGUGGUCAGCUGUGGUCAACUGUGGAUAGAUGUGAAUUUACAAUUUUAGAGAACCAUAAAAUCUCAACCGAAAAUUCUUCUGUUUAUUCUAAGAAUGAAGAUGCAUGUGUUAAGCAAAAUCAAAGCUCAGAAGAGAAUGAAAACAAUAAAGAUGAUGCUGGCAAAGAGGUUGCUAUUCAAGCUAAUGAUUAUGAAAUUGAAAGAAACUCAAGCCAUCUUCCUGCAAGAAAACGAUAUAUUCCUAUUAAAUUCAGUGACUAUCGCAUCUUUGCUGGAUCAGUUGAAGUAAAAGAGGAAGAAGAAGAUGAUUUUACCUUUGAUCCAGAAAAAUCUGAGAAGCAAUCAAAAGUAGUUGGAAGAGGAAGAGGUCGACCUAGAAAACAUCCUUCAACUGCUGAUGAUGGACAAACUUCAAGCAAUGUCAUCACCAAAGUCUCAUCCGGUUUCAAGUGUGGUGUUUGUGGACGUGUCUUUUCUUUGCGAGGGAAUGCUAAAGCUCAUAUGAUUACUCACACUGACAGUCGUCCAUUUACUUGUGACUUUGAAGGAUGUGGAAAACAGCUAAGAACAAAAGAGAGUUUACGUAGACACCAGCUAAGUCACCUAGGAAUAAAAAUGUUUGAAUGUAAAGAAUGCAAGAAAAGGUUUAGUUGUAAUUCCAGUUUACAGGAACAUAUGGCUUGUCAUAGUGGAGCAAAACCUUUGUCUUGCCACAUAUGUGAUCGCAAGUUUCGACAAGCAGCAGUACUCAAACGUCAUACUGUGACACAUUCCAAUGAGAAACCUUUUGCAUGUGGAAUUUGUGGCAAGAGAUUUUCUAUGAAAGUUUAUGUACAGUCACAUAUGAAAACUCAUACUGGAGAAAGACCUUAUCUUUGUGAUAUAUGUAACAAGUCUUUUGCCCAUGCCUCAGAUCUUAAUCGCCACAAAAUAAUACAUUCAGGGAAAAAGCCAUAUGCGUGCUCAGUAUGUUCCAUGCGUUACAGUGACGCUUCUAGUCGCAGGAGACAUGAGCGUGAACACCAGAUGAAGCCAGAUUACACAUGCCAUUUGUGUAAUCAACACUUCACAAGAUCUGGACAACUUCGCAGUCACCUAGUCAAAGAACAUAGUUCAGAAAAUGACUCUUUAUAUGAAGUUCAUGUUGUGGAAAAAGGCUCAUGGAAUGAGAAAAAUAUUCAACCACAAGUGGUUGGUGUAAUACAAGACGUUGCAGUGGAACAUCUUGACAGUGAUCAAAAUGACACAGGCAAUAGCUUAGCUGAAAAUGCAGUCACACAUGUUAUUGUUGAGACAAGUAGUCAACAUCAGGAAAUGAAACCACUAAGAGACACAAUGAGUGAUGUCAGUUUAAAACAUCUUGAUGAAGCACAGUUGCCUGGUGAACUUUCUAGUCUUCAGUCUGGAUGUACCUACACACUUGUUGGUAACGGAGAGAGUGGCCAGAUUUUUGAGCUCAAGUUGGAGGAGAGUAACAUUGUGCCUUAUGAAGAGUUAGCAGAUAACUUAGAUGCUCAGGUUACAGAUGCUAAUGAUCACUCUUUGAGGUUGAAGCAUGAACCACAGACUUUCACAAUAAUUGAGCAGAACGCUUGUGUAGAAAAUGUAGAUGUUGAGGAACCAAAUCUCCCCCAGUGGGUUCCACACAUGCUAGCCCAACAGCCAGCACAGUUAGGUUUUAUUUCCCAUCCGAAAGAGCAGGUAACAGCAGAUGAGUCAAAGCUAGAUACUCAGGAACCUGUUGUACAAUAUCUAGAAUUCAACUUAGAGGCAGGUUUGGACGAAAGAAAUGCUUUCUUCACUCAUCAAGCUGAUGAGGUCAACCAGGAACCUUUGCCUCAAGAAGAGGCACCCGCAAGUAAGGAAAUGGUGCUUUUUCCUGUGUUUAGUCUCCUAGAGAAAAAUGACUAUGUUUAUCACCCAGACUUAACAAGUCAAGACUACUACAACUGGUUAUCCAAUUUUACUGAACAUUGUAAAACUCUUGCCAUGCCACUUGAGAAGGACAUGUUCCAGAAAAUAAGCCAUGUUCAAAAAACAUUGUCAGAUUUUAUGGCGUUACCAACAGGGGUCAUCACUGACAGAAACAACUUUAAAGUGCUAAUGGACAUCACUCGUGAGAUGUCAGACAUCAUAAGUACACAUUUAACUUUUAUGUACCAAAAUCUUCAUUAAAUAUUUAAUCCUGCA